UGCUUUGUGUAAACUGAAAAGAUAUUAGUUUAACACCAGCUUAAACAUGAAAACAUUCUUCUCUACUCUUCUCCUAGCUUCAUUUGCGCUGGCUCAUGACUCCAUGGAAGAGAUGGAUAGUAUGAAAGAAGGACUAUGCUUGGACACCAUGACUCUUCAUGCAAUGUGUAUCUCUGGUUCUAACCUUGAGAGUAAAAUGCAAGAUGCUGUUCAAUGCUUCAUGGAGGAUGGAGAAGCAGCACCAAGGAGACGUCGAGGAAAGGGUAAAGGAAAAGGAAAAGGAAAGGGAAAGAAAUGUCCCACAUUUGAAGAUCUUACAGAAAUGAUGACUGAAAAAAUUAGUUCCUCUGAAUGUUUCCUUCAGAGCUUGGGAUGGAUUGAUGAAAAUGGAGAAGAUGUCAAUGCCACCAUCACUGAGGACAUUGCAUCUUUGAACCCAGAGAUCAGCGCUCAACUAACUGAAGAAGUUAUAGGAGAGUGUGUUACGGAAAUCAUGGAGAAAAUGGCUGAGAAUCCUAAGUAUGCUAAAUGUGCUAGUAAAUACACUGAAGAGGAAUCUCUGGCUUUGGAGGAGAUUGGUAUGAAGAUUGCUUCCUUCAUGUGUUUCACCAAAACCUUUGAUGAAUCCUGCAAGAGCUAUAUUCAGUCCAACUAUGUUGAACCCCUUCUAUCCUCCUUCAAUAUUGCACCAACAGCAUUAUUUUAAUGUUAUCAAAUUUCAAUAAAGAUUAAUUGCAUGA